AUGGCGAAUAUAAAUGAGUUUGGGCAAGAAGUCGGUGCAGACGUCGAUGGCUGGACAACCAGGGUCUUCCCACAAGAAGUCGUCUUGAAAGGCAACCACUGUAGACUGGAACCGCUUGACAAGGAAAAGCACGGAUUGCAGCUCUUUAGUGCGUAUGCUAAAGCGGGUCAACGCUUGUGGACAUAUUUGCCUGUCGGUCCGUUCAACAACGUCGACGAAUACCUACAGUUCAUCGAUGAACUUAAUGAAACUGAAGACACCGUGCCUUACGCAAUUAUUCAUGAAAGGACUGGCUGUGCCGUUGGUACACUUUGCCUCAUAAGGAUCGAUGAAGCCAAUGGUUCGCUUGAAGUUGGAUAUGUAGUUUUUUCACCGGAGUUACAGAAGACAGUAAUCGCUACUGAGGCCCAAUUCCUUUUGAUGAAAUAUGUGUUUGACGUUUUACAGUACAGGAGAUACGAGUGGAAGUGCGAUAGUCUAAAUGGGCCAUCCAGGAGGGCGGCGAUGCGCCUGGGGUUCAAGCACGAGGGAACCUUUCGGCAAGUGGUCGUGUACAAGGGUCGGACUCGAGACACCCAGUGGUUCUCAAUAAUCGACAAAGAAUGGAUGAACAUCCGUAAAGCAUUCGAGCAAUGGUUAGACGGGGAAAACUUUGAGGAUGGUAGACAGAAGAGAGGAUUGGCUACAAUAAGAGAAGGCUUGUAA